AUGUGGUUUCCAAUCAAGCACCGUAUUCACAUAUAUGUUAAUAUUAUUCCUUCCAAAGAUACAUAUAUUAUUCUCUUAAUAAUUUUUUCUACAGUUGCAAAUGGAUUAGUACCAGCAAUCACAUCAAUAUUAACAGGUAGAAUAUUCGAUCUAUUAACAAAUAUAUCUGAAUUUAAAUUACCAAAAUUAGUAUUUAAGGAACUUACAAAACGUUCAAUGUCGAUAAUGGCGUUAGGUGCUGCUAGUCUACCAGUGAUGUGGCUAUCAAUAUCUUGUUGGAUGUGGAUUGGAGAAAUUCAAAGCUCCAGACUUAGGAAGAGACUUCUAAUUUCCUACAUUAAUAAGCCUACAGAAUGGUACGAUAAAAAUGAAAACCUUUUGGGUGAUUUUGUUCAAUUAAACAGAUGUAUUGAAGAAGUCAGAUCAAGUUCAGCAGAAGCAUCAGCGAUCACAUUCCAAAAUAUGGUAGCUAUUAUAUCUUUGAUCGGUGUAUCGUUUUAUUAUUCAUGGUCUUUAACUUUAAUUAUAUUGUGCAGUACACCUAUUAUUGUAGCUUUGGCAGUGAUUUUCUCAAGGUUAAUUAACAAGUAUACUCAAUUGGAAAAUACAGAAAGUUCCAAGGCAGCUCAAGAAAUAUCGUUUGUAAUGAGGGCAGCACAAUUAGUAAAACUCUAUGGAACUAAGAAUGAGGAACAAUAUAAAUUCAUGCAUCUUACACAACUUUGUAACACAUAUUUCAUACACGCAUCUCUUUUCGUCGCAGCAAAUGCAGCUAUUCUUCGAUUUUUGACGUUAUGUAUGUUCAUACAAGGAUUUUGGUUUGGUGCAACAAUGGUGAGAAAAGGAAAAUUAAAUAUUGCAGAUGUUAUCACAUGUUUUCAUUCAUGCCUAAUGUUAGGAUCAACUUUGAGCAAUACAUUUCAUCAGAUUGUUCUUUUACAAAAAGGUGAUGUUGCAAUAAAGAAAUUAGAAGGAGCUCUAAAAUCGAAGAACAAUAUAGAAACAGUGACCAAUAAAGCUGGCACCCUUCAUUUAUCAUUCCCGGAUGCCUCGAUCAUUUUUAAAAGUGUAAAUUUUACUUACCCAAGCCGACCAGAAAAUAGAAUACUAAACAACUUAUCACUGACGUUCAAAGCGCAUGAAACAACAUUUAUCGUUGGUAAAUCCGGUUCUGGUAAAUCAACACUUUCAAAUAUACUCCUAAGGUUAUAUAAUUUGGAAAGUGGUUCAAUUUUAAUCGAUAAUUUAAAUAUCAAUUUAAUUGAACGGGAUGAAUUAUUUGGUCAUAUUACCAUAGUCGAGCAACGUUGCACAUUAUUCAACGAUACGAUUAGAAAUAAUAUUCUAUUAGGUUCACCAGACUUCAAGGAAGAAUCAGAAAAUAAUCAAUUAUGUUCAACUUUAAAGAAAGCUAUUGACUUUUCUCUUCUAAAUGAAUUUAUCCAGACUUUACCGAAAGGAUUAGAGACCAAGAUCGGAAGUGAAGGGAUCACAUUAAGUGGAGGUCAACAACAAAGAGUUGCUCUAGCAAGAGCUUAUAUGAGAGAUACACCAGUUUUAAUUUUGGACGAAGCUGUCUCAGCCUUAGAUAUUUCACAUAAAACAACACUAAUGAAGUCCAUUAGGAGUUGGAGACACAACAAGACUACAGUUAUUCUAUCUCAUCACCUCGCCGAUAUAGGGGAUGAUGAUUAUGUCUAUGUAAUGAACGAAGGUUUGGUUGCGCAAGAAGGUUCCAAACAUGAUUUGAUGAACAGUAGAUCAGGCCAGUUUUAUAUUAUGAAUGAAGUCCAAAACCAGUAUAAAAUGCCAAUAUCUGAAAAUAAUAACUUGGUAUCUCAAGGCUUCCCAUCUGCCAUGAGCUAUACAGAGGAGUCAAUUAUUCUUAAUACAUCAACCCCAUUGACUACAUCUGAGAAGUCUUCAAUAUUUCAUGAGAAACUGUCUAAGAAUCACACAUCACUCGAAGAAUACGAAUUAGAACAAAACGAACCAGCGUAUAUAAGUAAUGAUAGGAGAAGACUUGGAGAUGAAGAAGCAUUAGAUAAAAGGCAAAUCCUUCCAUUAAAAAUAAUUAUAUUUCAAAUGAUCAAAACCAUUCGAAACAAGAAAUUGCUAUUUGGAGGUAUAAUGGCUUCCCUUUUAGCAGGGGCAACAAAUCCCAUCUUUUCUUACACUUUUAGCUAUCUUUUGAAUGGGAUAGUCCCUGGCUCCCAGAAUGACCAAUAUUAUUUACUGAAAUGGUCAUUUAUUGUCCUAGGUGUGACUAUUGCCGAUGGUAUUUUUAAUUUUUUGAAGUCUUUUAUUUUGGGUUAUUGUAGUGAGAAUUGGAUAAUGGAUAUCAGAAAUGAUACGAUGGAAUCUAUCAUCCAUAAAAAUAUAUAUUGGUAUUCACUCGAUUCUAACAAACCUUCUGAAAUAUCUGCCCUUUUGAUGAAUGAUCUAAGAGAUUUACGUUCAUUAGUCUCGGAAUUUCUAAGUGCAAUGUCAACUUUUCUGAUAGUUUCAUUAUUUGGUCUUAUUUGGGCGUUAGUUUCUGGUUGGAAAUUAAGUUUGGUUUGUCUUUCAAUGUUUCCCCUCAUUGUAAUAUUUUCUAGUUUAUAUGGUGGAUCAUUGCAACAGUAUGAGACCAACUAUAAAAGUUCUGUUGCCAAAUUGGAGAAUGAUCAAUCAGAGGUCUUAUUAGGUAUUAAAACAAUCAGAUAUUUAAAACUUCAAAGUCAUUUCUUAAACAACCAACGCUGCAAUCAAGUUAAUAUGAGACAAAUUGCAAAAGGUCGUACAAUUGUAACUGGUAUGGGUAUUGCUAUUACUAACACAUUAACGAUGUGUAUCCAAGCCAUCCUGUAUUAUUAUGGAUUGAAAUUGGUCCUAAUUGGUGAAUACUCUUCCAAGAGAAUGUUUCAAACAUUCACAUUAUUACUUUUCACUAUUAUGACAUGUACCAGUUUAAUAAGCCAGAUUCCAGAUAUUGCGCGAGGUCAAAGAGGGGCAAGUUGGAUCGAUAGAAUUCUCAAAGAGGAUAAAAUGUGGAGUGAGGACGUUAAUUAUGAAGGACGUAUUGCCAAGAUUGGCGAUAUAGAUAGUAACAUAUUAGUGAAAAUUAAUAACUUAAAUUACUUUUAUCCCUCAGCACCCGGUGUUACAAUUUUCAAUAAUCUAAACCUCGAACUAGCUAACAAUAAAAGCUUUGCAAUAGUUGGAGAAUCUGGUGCAGGUAAAUCAACUUUGGCCUUACUAUUAACAAAACUUUAUAAAGUCCCGAAUGGGUGCAUAUUCCUCGAUCAAACGGAUAUUAAUGAUUGGAAUUUGGUAUCCCUUAGGUCCCAUAUUGCAAUGGUAGAACAGACACCGGUAUUAAUUGAUGAUUCCCUGAAAAACAAUUUAAUGUACGGCAACCAUAAUGCUAUGGUCACCGAUCAGGAAUUGCAUGAUAUUUUAAAGUUUGUUGGUAUAUCUGAAAUAUUGGAAAAACUUCCUAAAGGCUUGGAUAGUAGAAUAUCUACGGACUUGGUUUCUGGUGGUCAAGCACAAAGAUUAUGUCUUGCAAGGGCUAUCUUAAGGAAACCAAAAAUCUUGAUUUUAGAUGAAAGUACUUCAGCAUUAGAUGCUAAGAGCUCAGAAAAGAUAAGACAGAUUGUUAAACAGGGUUUAGCGGGUACGCUAAUAAUUUCUAUUACACAUAAUAAGCCUAUGAUGGAAUGUUGUGAUCAAAUCAUUGUUCUAAAGGAUGGAAUGGUGAAAGAGCAAGGUCCAUACCGUGAUUUAAAUGUUAUGGGUUCAGAGUUUUUCCGCAUUACAUCAGAUCUAGCUUAA